CAGAGACGGCUUGAGCGCCAUAUUGGAGUGUAACUAACUAGCUAUUGUUAUAAAUAGGGUCGGGGCUGCUGCUGGCUGAGUUUACAUGUUUUCUACAAGUUUGUUCUAAGGAAAAGAGAAAGUUAUCGGUGGGUCAUGAAAGAAAUGUCAGCGAACAGUAACAGUAUGCAUGGCGGGCAGCAGCCUCAGAAACACUAUGGCAUUACCUCAUCCAUUAGCAUGGCCUUCCCCAGGGAGGUGGACCAUCAGUACACACACAAGCUCAGCGAGGCCAUGAAACCCUUUGGGGUGUUUGAGGAUGAGGACGAACUCAACCACAGACUCGCAGUUCUUGGGAAGUUGAAUACAUUUGUCAAGGAAUGGAUUGCCGAGAUCAGUGAAACGAAGAACCUCCCACCAUCGGCGAUAACCAAUGUGGGGGGAAAGAUCUUCACCUUUGGGUCUUACCGGCUUGGAGUUCACACUAAAGGGGCGGAUAUUGAUGCCUUGUGUGUAUCGCCGCGACACGUGGAGAGGACAGACUUCUUCGACUCAUUCUUUGCAAAGCUCAAACUGCACGAAGAGAUCAAAGACCUACGGGCGGUGGAGGAUGCCUUUGUACCUGUGAUCAAAUUUAAGUUUGACGGCAUCGAGAUUGACCUGCUGUUUGCGCGGCUGGCUCUGCAGUCCAUCCCAGAUAACCUGGAUCUGAGAGGAGACUCCCACCUGAGGAACCUGGACAUCCGCUGUAUCCGCAGCCUCAAUGGUACUGAUGCUCUCUUCCUGUGGUGCUAAUGCUCUCUU